UAGAUCUGAGAAAAGGAUUGGUAUUAAUUAGAAUUUUGACAUGUCUGUAACUCAUCAAAAUAGCUUCGGAUCAUCACUUCAUCAGCAUAUCAAUGGAGUUCACGGCUUCACUACUACUCCUCUUCCUCCCCCCUCUCCUUUUCCUCCUCCUUGCAUUCCUCAAUGGUUGUCAGCCAUCCUCGCAUUCGGAAAAAUUUCCGAAAAUUUACCCCGUUAUAGGCUCUAUAUUCGCGUUGGUUGCAAACAAGAAGAGGCGGAUCCAAUGGACCUCCAACCUCAUCCAGAUCUCUCCCUCUGCUACGUAUGUUUUACACCGUCCAUUCGGCCUCCGAGUGGUCUUUACGGGGAAUCCUGCCAAUGUGCACCACAUUCUCAAGACCCAUUUCUCGUCCUACCAAAAGGUUGACGAGUUCCAAACCACCUUUAGAGACGUCCUUGGAGAUGGGAUCUUCAAUGUUGAUGGUGACUCCUGGAAAUUCCAGAGACAGAUUGCAAGCCACGAAUUCAACACCAAAUCUCUCCAGAAAUUCGUGGAGACGGUCGUCGAUAUGGAGCUGAACGACCGCCUAAUCCCUUUCCUGUCAGAGGCUGCGAGAAAGGGGACAAUACUUGACAUGCAAGACAUUCUCCAAAGAUUCGCUUUCGAUAACAUAUGCAUGAUAGCAUUCGGGUAUGACCCGAAGUCUUUGACGCCCUACCUUCCGGAGCAAAAAUUCGCCCAAGCUUUUGAAGAGGCUACAAAGUUGAGCAUCGAAAGACUCCUGAUUCCAUUUCCUAUAAUAUGGAAAAUCAAGUGCAAGCUUGAUAUUGGAUCAGAGAAACGCCUGAGGAUCGUAGUAUCCAAGGUCCGUGAGUUCGCUCGGAAAAUAGUCAAAGAGAAGCAAGAGCAGCUAAGGAAGAGCCCAUCCCUUGAGCCUGCAGAUCUUUUGUGCCGAAUCCUGAGCUCAGGCCAUGCAGACGAAGAAUUUGUCAUCGACAUUGUCAUCAGCUUCAUACUCGCGGGUAGAGACACUACGUCGGCGGCUUUGACAUGGUACUUUUGGUUGUUAUCCGGUAACCCGCAUGUGGAAAAUGAGGUGGUCCAAGAAAUAAGGGGAAAAUCAGGAUCGCCGGUCUAUGAGGAUGUGAAGGACAUGGUGUACACCCACGCUUCACUCUGUGAGAGCAUGCGGCUUUACCCCCCGGUACCACUAGAUAGCAGGCAAGCCACAGUUGAUGAUAUUCUACCGGACGGGACAGCCAUAAAGAAGGGCACGAGAGUCGCAUACCACGCUUACGCAAUGGGUAGGUCAGAGAAGAUAUGGGGACCAGACUGGGCCGAGUUCAGGCCGGAGAGGUGGCUGGAGAAGGUGGAUGGGGCUGCCGGAAAGUGGGGUUUCGUCGGAAGGGAUUCCUCCGCAUACCCGGUGUUUCAUGCCGGGCCAAGGAUCUGCCUCGGCAGGGAGAUGGCAUUCCUCCAAAUGAAACGGGUGGUUUCCGGGGUUCUACGGCGGUUUCGUGUUGUGCCGGUUGCAGAGAAGGGGAUCAAGCCACGUUUCGUUGCAUACUUGACCUCGAAAAUGGAAGGUGGGUUUCCAGUUAGGAUUGAGGAUAGGGAAGAGUAAGAGGUACUCGUGAUAUUUUUUUUUUUUUUGGGUAAUAUAGUGGUCAGUUUCGGCCCCACUUUCUAAUGGCAUAUCAACUUGGUUGUCCUUUCGUUUAUUUCAAGUAAUAAUUAGUAAAUGUAAUUGUAAUAAUGCUGACCCGUCAAAAAUAACAAUAAUAUCAAUAAGAUUUUUUCUUUUUUUCAUUUUUGAAAAACGCGGUAACCCCCUCAAGAUUGAUUUGUCAAAAUCAUGAAAUACUUUUAGUGAGU